CGUACCGUAAGUACAUGACAGUUUCGCCUUGUCUUUCUUUCUUGCGUUUGUCAUUUGCCGCCUCUUUGUUACUUGGAGCUUAUCCGCGUAUCUCUCUCUUUGUGCUUUUCCUUUCCUUGUAAUUCUUCAGCUUCUCUGCUCUUCAGAAGCUUCAGUUUCUUUUUUACGAAAUUUACAGUUGUUUAAGCCAUAGUUUUUUUGGGCCUUUGGAAUUAUUUCUUUUUACGAAUAUGGGAAAUGAAGAAGAGCCAGUUCUAAAGGAGAAUGAUGAUGAAGGAGUUCGCAAGGUUUCUUCUGAUCAUCUAGCUCAAAGGGCUGGAAAUUCAACUGAAAUAGUUGAGGUGACCUCAACCAUUCAAGAUGGGAUACAGCAGGAUCUCGCUUUAGAGAUAGGACCAAGAACUCCUGAGGAUACAUCAGGGGACUUUGUCAGGAUAAACAUGCCCUCAACGCCAAGUCCUACUCCCAGAAAAGUUAAUUUUUCUCCCAUAUCCAGCCCUAGUCCAUUAAAAAUCUGGGAUUCCCCAGGUCUCUCUUCAUCAAAAAGUAAGUCAACCUUGAAAAACCUCCUUCCAAAGCUAAGUUUUAAGUUUCGGAAUUAUACAUCAGAUAUUGAAAAGGCUGGCAUCCUUGCCCUGGGAAGUUCAUAUGCGGAAACUCGAGAGAAGCCUCAUAUUUUCAGGACUUUAUCCCUUACAAAUCUUUUCACACCCAAAACAAAUAGAAUGUCAUCUUUACCUAUAACCCCGAUUUCUCACUCAAAUCCAGAGUCUAUGCAUGGGGGAAAGACAAUUGAUGCUUUGAACGCUGGUAAAUGGGGAGGUCAACGACCUAUACAUCGUUCACAUUCAGUACCUGUGCUCAUCAUAGAUGGUAGCAUAAGACAGUUGGAUUCUUUAGGUGGUGUAUUUCGUGUCAUUCCUUCCACUCCACAUAUGGCUGAGGGUACUGCCACAACAACAUCAAACAUGCAUCCUUCAAAUGUUACUGAUGAACAUGAUAAUGGCGGCGAAGAUAUUCCUGUGGAAGAAGCUGUUUGCAGAAUAUGCUUGAUUGAACUGGGAGAAGGUGGUGACACCCUCAAGAUGGAAUGUAGCUGUAAAGGUGAACUUGCAUUAGCCCACCAAGAAUGUGCUGUAAAAUGGUUUAGCCUUAAAGAUAACAAAAUAUGUGACGUGUGCAAGCAAGAAGUCCAAAAUCUUCCUGUUACCCUUUUACGACUUAAAAACCAGGCCAGUAGUUUACAAGGAGGUAGAACUCAGCAAACAGAGGUUCGUCGUUACAGGUUUUGGCAGGAUGUUCCCAUUCUUGUCCUUGUCAGCAUGCUGGCUUACUUUGUUUUUCUAGAACAGCUUCUGGUUGGGAAAAUGAAGUCUGGCGCGAUUGCUAUCUCGCUCCCAUUCUCAUGCAUAUUGGGCCUUCUUGCCUCAUUGGCGUCAACAACAAUGGUGCGGAGAAAAUAUGUUUGGAUUUAUGCUGUUAUCCAGUAUGGACUAGUGGUUCUCUCUGCUCAUCUUUUCUAUUCUUUGCUUCACUUGCAGGCUCUUCUAUCUGUUCUGCUUGCCGCUUUUGCUGGAUUUGGAAUCACAAUGUGUGUCAAUUAUUUUCUCGGUGAGGUUUUGAGUUGGAGGAUAAGAUGGGCUACGUGGUCAAGUCAACAGCCUCAGACUGAGGAGGAGACACGGCAGGAUCAACUGCCUGCAACUGUCCAUCAAAUCCAGACCAAUUCUCACCACGAAACGGAUCCAAGAGUUUCAGAAGCUGCAGUGGCGACUGACUUGGCACAUUGAAGAUAUUUAAUGGCAUAAGAUGAAAGUCUUCUGGCUGCUUAGAAACUAUAUCAUAUUUGUAUAAACGUCGGUUGCAUGUUUGUAUAUACAGAGUCUCCUUAAGUGUUUAAUAUCAUGCAUUUACCAUAUACACAAGCAAGAUCUUGCAUAUGUUGUUUCUGGGUAUGUCUGGAUUUCAGCAGUGUUGUGAAAUCUUUAACACUAGUUUUGAGUUUAAUGAAAAGAGAAAUAAAAAUGAAACAUGUGUUCCGUAAAA